AUGAAGUGUGCUGUUCCGUGGUACUUGAAGCAGUCCGAUAAGGAAUUGGUUGGGAAAUUCCGGUUUAUCCAACAACAGGAAGAUGAACGGCUUCGAGAAGCCACGAUCGAUGGAAAGAACUCUCGUUGGUCCCUGGGAGUUAGUGUGGAUGAGCAGAAUGAUGAAAGAAAUCGGUAUGUAAAUAUCAUGCCGUAUGAGCGGAAUAGAGUCAAAUUGGAUGUGAUGAAGGGGAACAACUAUAUCAAUGCGUCGUUUGUGAAACUAGAUGUACAAGGUCAAAGUCUGGGACCAGGUCACUAUAUCGCUACCCAGGGCCCGACCAGGGAAACCUGGCCUCAGUUUUGGCAGAUGUGCUACCAGAAAUGUCCCAACGAGAAUAUCGUCGUUGUGAUGGUUACACCCUUGAUCGAGUCCAACCGCGUCAAAUGCCACCAGUACUGGCCUCUAGGACCGCAAGCAGAGGAUCAAACUAGAACAUCACCUCAACUUCAAUUUCCUGGAGGCAUCUUAGAUGAAACAAAGUUUAACGAUGAGAUCGUUAUCGAAUACCAGGAUGAAGUGCGUAUAGAAGAUCUGUACACACUCACGACUUUGAAGAUGAAACCACAACAUGGGAGCGGUCCCGUAAAGACUGUUCACCAUUUUAUUUUGUACCAAUGGCGCGAUAUGAGUAAACCUGAAGAGGUAGUACCCAUCAUGAAACUAUGUAAACACUCGCACAGUUGUAACUCCCCUGGGAAUCCAAUUGUGGUCCACUGCUCAGCAGGCGUGGGUAGAAGUGGUACAUUCAUAGCACUCGACCAUUUGAUUCACGAUACGAGAGAUUUUUCACCCGCUAAGAACGACCACGGCGAGCUUGUGCCGGUUCAGGACUACAAACAUGACCUGAUCGAACAGAUUGUGCUACAACUACGGUCACAGAGGCUCAAGACGGUUCAGAUGAUUGACCAGUAUAUGUUUAUCUACCAUGCUGCGAAGUACCUCUAUGACCUGUCACAAAAAAAGCGGUUGAAAUAG